GUAUCUGUUCUGCUGCUGUGGUCAUGUGAUCAACGUGUACAGUACACUAAGUGGGGAAUGUGUGCGACAGUUACGAGGUCAUACUGGUGUUGUCACCUCUGUUGUUGUCAACCCUCAUAAUAAGUUACAGCUCUACAGCAGCUCAUUGGAUUCUACUGUCAUAGAAUGGGACUACACAGAUGGUGUAAUUUUAAAGAAAUGCAAGGUUGCCUAUCCCAUAAUAACUCUGCAUGCCCCGCAGUAUCAGCCAUUCCUAGUGGCACACUGGCAGCACAAGGAACCCGACGGAAAGCAUUUAACUGAUGUAGUUCAUUUGGUAAUGAAAUCUGGGUCCGGUGUUGCCAAAUGUGAAUUGUUACACGGCAGUUUGGGGGGAUUAAAAACUGUGGAUCAACACGCAAUGUCAAUAGGAGGUGGUGAGCAAGAGAUCCUGGCAUAUGUGAGUGGGAAGAAACUAUAUGUCUAUAGCUUCAGACACAAUAGAAUACAUACACACCAUUUGAAUGAGGCCAAGAAGACUGGAGUUCAGAUGACUUGUGUUGCAGUUCACCCGACAGAACGCUGCAUUGCAACUGGAUGUAGUGAUGGAAGAAUCUACCUGUGGUUCUCUGUGUGUAACUCACAGACAGUUACACAAACUAAAUACCAUUGGCAUUCUCUUGCCUGUAAAACCAUUGCUUUCACUAAUGAAGGUUCAUACAUGCUGAGUGGUGGGCAUGAGUGCGUACUGGUUAAAUGGCAGUCUAACUCUAAUAUGAGGGACUACAUGCCACGAUUAGGAGCUCCAAUCAACUACAUCUCUUGCUCACCAGAUAACAAUCUUUAUGCUGUAUGCAUGAAAGAUAAUGUUGUUCAACUGAUCUCCAACAACUUCAAGGUGCGCCAAAUCUACCAGGGCCUAACUGCAGCCCAUAUGGAUAGUUAUACCAGGAAUAUAUGUCCCGCUGGACUCAUUGUUGAUCCCAGAACCAAAAGUCUGGUCCUCAAUGGAAAACCUGGACACUUGCAGUUUUAUUCUUUACAAAGAAACAAGCAUUUGUAUAAUUUAGACAUUGUAUGUCAGAAUUACAUCUCACCUGCAAGUUUGAAUCGUCCUACUUUCGUCACAGAGAUAGAAAAUGCUGCAUUUGACAGCCUUGGCAAUUGGCUAGCAACGGUAGAGCGACGUGAUGAUAGGGAAACCACACCUGAAAUACGCCUGAAAUUUUAUGAAUAUAUCUCAAAGGACCAAAGUUUUGUUCUGAACACAACCAUUGAUUUGCCACAUCAGAAGAAGGUUUCCUGCAUGAAAUUCAGGCCAACCAAUCAAAGCGAAGAUCCAACUUCACUCCUGACCACAAGUGAAGAUGGAAAGUUUAAAAUAUGGCAGAUCAUGGAUGAUACAGAUAUCUAUAGAAACAAUGUGUGUUUCAACUGUGAUAGUGUCGGCUUCUACAAGGAGUUACCUGCUGGUGCGGCAGACUUCUCAGAUGAUGGCUCUGUGCUUGCAGUGGCAUUUAAAUCUGUCCUCACUGUAUGGGACCCUGACACAAAUGGCCUGAAAAUGAGCUUAACUCUGGGCAGGAGCAGUAAUGAUGUGAUCAGGCAUGUAGUGUUCGGCAAUGAGACUUGCUCACAUCUUGUAGUAUGUACCACACAGACUAAAAUGUCUGUCUGCAAUAUGCUGUCCUUUUCUUUAAUAUGGGAAGUCUUGUUAGAUGUCUCAGUCUUAAUAGCAGAUCCCAAAACUGAAUACUUUGCUGCAUUCAAUGCAAAAAACAGCUUAUUUGUGUUCAAGCCUUCUUCCUCUACCCCCGAGUAUAUUCAGCAAAAUCUGAGUGACUCAAAAAUCAUACACGCACUUUUUGUGGAGAAAACAGAAGAAUCUACUGACACUUUACCAUUGUGUAGAAAUACGGACCUAUAUUUCAUGAAUGCAAAACAGGAACUACUUUCUUUGACAACCAAGGCAUCUUUGAAACAGAAUGAAGAGAAUGGAGUUACAGAAGGCAACUUGGUGAGAAAUCUGCCGCAAACUCCAUAUAGCAGGCUUCUCGCACAGAAAAAGAUCUCCACCAAUGUGGACACCACCCAGCGAUUCUCAGCUGAUGUCCUUGGCAACCCUUCGAGAGAGGUGGUAGAAGAGCUAACUAUAACGCCUGCACACGUCCUACCUAAUGUCCGUACUCUUUGUGCACAAUUCAUCAAGUCCCUUACACAACCAGGGGCCUUGAAAGCUAAAAUGGCAAAUGAUGACGUCUCAGACGAUGAAAAUGAUGAAGAUGAUAAUGUGAAAAAUGAUGAUAACUCUGAUUCUGAAUCUGACAUGGAAGUAGACAAACAACAAACAAAUACAGACAACAAAAAAUCUGAUUUAUCUAAAACUUUUGAAGACACAUUGUUGAUAUCAGACCAAAAACAGGAGUUAGGGAAAAGUUACACUAAAGCGUUAAAAAGUGUGAAAAUCGAACAGUUCACUUGGUUGAAAAGUGAAUAAUACAUUUAAAACACUGGAGAUUUUAUAAGUUAUUAUAUGGAAAUGCAUUAAACUCCACCCAAUGGGAUAUUUAGGUGUUAGAAUUGGACAAUUGAGGGCUUUAAAAUGUUAAAUAGAUGUCUCUCACUCCAAAGGGCUUUACCAUUAUAUUAUAUUAUUUCGUCCUAUUGGAAAAACUAUAUAUGAUAUGAUUUAGCAUGGCUUCAUUGCUGAUUGUGUCAAGAUAAUCGACAUAUAUUUGUAUAUAAAUGUACUCUUGACAUUUAGCAAUAUAACACCUGGAUCAAAGAAACAAUAGCCUCAUACGGUUGUUGAUAUUGAGAACUGUUACCUUUUAGGCUAAAUAGAAUAAUGACUAAAAUAUAUUAUUUUGGAUAUAGUGUUCCUACUAUUCUAUUUAGAAAUCUGGAGCAGGGAUUCUGAAGUUUUUUUU